AUGACCAGGCUUCCGAGUAAGUACUGGCAAGCGCCACCUGCGUCUGCUUCUAGUAAAGCCACCAACGGGAGGCCUCUCGCAGACCCCAAUAUUCGUUCCUCCGGAAUGGACAGCACUUCUGCUUUAGAGCUCUUUUCCGGUAACGCCUGCUUCAGUCCACGAGUCCCUAUAAUGGCGAAGAAGGAAUGGGUACAUAAUGGAGGCAAAAUCGCCUUCCCUCAGUCUGGCGCAACGGGUGCGACGUACGUUUUCUGCGAUGGCGAGGACGACCCAUGGUUUCUCAAGUUGUACCAGAGGUCUAUCGCUGUAUUUCACUGGGCAUGGAUCUCUGCAGUAGUGGCUGCACGGUUCCGUCUGCCAAUCUCCGCGUACGUGAUUGACGAUCUACGCCUGAUGGUCCGAUCGCGGCAAGCCAGAACGGGGCGCCCUUUGAAGACCAGCGAAGUCAUCGAGCGUUUUCAAGACGAAUACGAGCACAAAGGGGCGCCCCCUAUGCGGCGGCUUGCUGCGACUGGUGCUAUCCCUGUGUCCGAGGCGCUCGACGCUUUGCGGCACGUCUCUACAGCUAAGGCGGUCCAGUUCGUCCCGGGGACCGUCCAUCGCGGAAAAGAAUUUCAGUGCUGGUAUGCUUGA